UCUGAUGUGGUGAACCACAAGGAGAGUAUCAGCGGCUGACAGCAGAUCAAUGUAUCAGCAUUUACCAUCUUGCUGUCAGUGAGGAGAUUCUGAGUCAGCCGGGCCCCCACACAUCUACACUGCCGGGCCCCCACACAUCUACACUGCCGGGCCCCCACACAUCUACACUGCCGGGCCCCCACACAUCUACAGUGACGGGCCCGAUCUCUCCCUUACUUAUUAGCCGCUGUCUCCAUUAUAAACUAUGUGAAUGCUGAUGAUGAUUAUUACCUGGACUUCAAAGUUGAACCACUACAUGGCAAUAUGAGCAACAGAGACAUCAGGAGAUCUCCACAUGGGGAUAUUGAUGAUGAUUACUGUGAAACCAGCAGUGAUCCCAUGAAGAGUUCCUCAGGUCAUUCCCGUCCUGCCGAACCCAUCGACGGUGACGGAGAUAUUAUAGAGAAAGUUGUAAUCGCUUCUGAAAUGAUAAAACAUUAUGAACAUAAUUACUGGGGACGACAUACACUUGAUAAAAUGACAGGGAAUGAACCCUCUGACAGUGCUGAAGAUGGCCGUGACCUGAACUUAUCAUCAAGUCAAGUUCCCCAUUCACGAAUAAUAGAAAAAACAAUUACUGAAGAAGCCAAAAUAAUUUUCACUGGCAAGUUGCUGACUGUAUUUGCUCCAUCCGUGUCCACCGUGGUGCUCAUUGUGUCUCUGCCUCUCAAUCUUCUGGCCAUCAUCAUGUUCCUGUUCAAGAUGAAGGUCGGGAAGCCAGCGGUGGUCUACAUGCUGAACCUGGCGGCCGCUGAUGUACUCUUUGUGACUCUGCUGCCUUUCAGCAUCGCUUAUCGAUUCUCCGGGAAUAAGUGGAUGAUUGGAGAUGGAAUGUGUCGCUUCUACAUCACAGCAUUUUACUGCAACAUGUACUGCUCCAUCCUACUCAUGACCAGCAUCAGUGUGGACAGGUUCCUGGCCGUGGUGUAUCCAAUGCAGUCUCUCUCUUGGCGCACCACGGGGCGAGCUUGGCUGGUCUGUGUCUGUAUAUGGGUGUUAUCCAUAGCCGGUGCUGUGCCACUUCUCAUAAGAGAACAGACGCAGUACAUUGGCGCUUUGGAUACCACAAUUUGUUAUGAUGUGCAGGACAUUGAAGAAGUCCAGAGCUUUUUUGUAAACUAUUUCCUCAUUUUUAUCUCCACUUUCUUCUUCUUGCCUUUAGUCAUUACAGUUGUCUGUUACAUUGGAAUCAUCCAUAACCUAAGCUCCCCCAAACUUGAAAACUCCUUUAAGCGAUCUCGCGCUUUGUUCCUGACAGUAACUGUGCUCUUGGUGUUUGUACUUUGCUUUGGACCAACAAAUGUCAUCUUUUUAAUUUGGUGUCCACAUUUUCAUAAGAAAUCUAAUCCAUCUCUGUUUUGUGCCUACAUUCUGUCUGUCUGUAUUAGCAGCAUCAGUUGUUGCCUUGAUCCUCUUAUCGAUUACUAUGAGUCCUCCCAGUGUCAGAGAUAUGUGUACAGCUUGCUGACUUGUAACAGAGGUGGGGAACUACCAUCAAAGAAACAACAGAUGAAUGUUCACACCAAACAACCUACUGAACGGGCUCUGCUAGCAUAAAUGCAUAAUGAUAAUGGCGGCUUAUUGCUUUCGCAUGUACAUUACAUUACCCUUGUCCCCAAUAGUAGACUGGUGGGUGCCUUUCCUUGUACCCUGCCCAUACAUUAUAAUAAAUGCUUGAAAAGAGAAGAAGCCUUAAUCUUCUGAUCACCACAAGGCAAAAGGGGUGGUAGAGAUGGAUGUCAAAAGAGAGUACCCUGAAGUGUUUGCCUGCUCAGUAUGAUGCAGUACCUGCCCAACUGACCAAUCAGGUGUUGACUUGGAUUCAUGCUCCCUGGCGGCAGCUGUUGGAAGCUCACGUCUCCUGCAAGUCUGUAAGUAUCUGUCAAGCCCAGCUUCUUGUUAGGGGAGAGCGCCCAUUUGUGGGCUGCUUAUUUUACCAGUUGUGUCUCCUUUUGUGUUAGUGCAGGACACACAUGGGUGCACUUAUGUGCUGGAUUCUUUGUUGCUGUCUACUCACCUCUGACUGCUGACCUAUUAAUC